AUGCGUCCAAUGGGUCUUGGUGCAGCAAAGUCAUCGUCGGCUAUCUCUGUGCUGAACAUGGGGCAGCCACUAAUGGAGACUAGGUCAGGAUCCACGCCACUUGCAAACGGCGGUAUCAAAUUGGCGACCGAUGAAAAAGGCGGAGUUCUACUUCGUACUGGUCGGAGUGCUAUGAACUUGAUGAAACUGGAUGCCGACGCCGUCCUUCCUCGUCCAAACGGUGUCACGCACAGCAUGAUGAACAUUAGUCGUACACAAUCGGCUGCACAGGUUGAUGCAGAAAUGCCGAUGAGAAACGUUACUUCGCCAGCAGGUCCACGACGUCCACAAACCCGACGCAUCCGCAGCUCAGCAAAUCUCAUCACGACCAGUCCAUCUCGACCUCAACCACAGAGUACGAUAAGUAUGGGUAUGUUUGGACCCAUGUCAGCGUCUGCAGAGCUUUUGAAACAGCAAAGUUCCCCAGCUCUGCAUGCCACUAGUGAACUCGCUGUGGAAGUCAAACCAUCCCAUGCACCCACACCACCUGCACAACCACCUGCACAACCACCUGCACAACCACCUGCACAACCACCAGCUUCCUUCAACCGGCGUCGAAUGGCAUCAGAUCCUGUGAUGAGCUCCCCGCGAACGUCCCUACUACCAACCAUAGAACCUCAAAACAGAGUAAUGUCAAAGAAGGAUCGGAAUAAACCCCAAAGUGUUCAAUAUGAUGAACAAAGGCCUCAGACCGAACCGCCGGAGCGCAAUAACGACGAAACAGGUCAUGACUCUAUGGAAUCAACAAAAGGUGACCUCUCAAGUCGUUUAAUGACGAGUCCAAAACCAAUUUGGAGACCCGGUGGAACGGAUCUACAGGCGCGGGAAGAAUUCGUACGAAAUCGUAACAAAGCACGAGCGCUGGCAAUGCGAGCACGCAAAGAAAACAAGUCCAGGCGAGCCAGAAAACGAUAUGAAGAUGACGAGUCGGAUGAGGAUGAGGAUGCCUCGGACGAAGGAGUUGCAAAGGAAGUCGUUCGAGUGACUUUUGCAGAAGACAAUGAACGAAAGUCUAGAGCGAGCCGCGGAAGAAAACUAGAUGAUGACCGCCCUGAUACCGCUUCCACCCUCCAGCUCCCAGUCGCUCCCAUUCUACGACGAAGGUCGAUUGUCCGACGAAUUCAAGAUCCUGAAAUUACCACUGCCCAGACAUACGAUGCUACAAAUCGAUUGGCACCGCCUCACUCAGGCGCUUACCCCCGUCUCUCAAAACCUCCAAAAGCCCGAAAAAGAACGGGAGCGGAGGAAGAUGAUAUGGAAGUAGAGGAAGAAGCUACAGUUGAAGCCCCUUUGCCACCAAGUCAAAAUCACACACUCCGCACUAUAUUCCUGAAUGAUUUUACCAUUCUGUCGACGCAUGCAACCACUCUCCAGGAUAUAGAAAUGCAAUACGUUUUACGGGAUGUGGAUGCAAUUGGAAUGAAGCCCCAAGGGUGGACCGAAAGGACGAUUGAUGCUUCGGAUGUUCCCAACAUGUGCUGGAAUCUGUUCAAAUAUCUAAGAUGUGGGGAUGCGGGUGUACCAACAAAUAAGGGGUUAUUGCCCGAUGAUGCGGCUGGCAGAAUGUUGACUUUUAUGGGUAAAUCAGGGGUUACGGACCAGGAUAAGCUCUCCUUUCUACGAUCAGAGGUUUUCAACUUGGAUCGAAAACGAUAUCUCUUUUUAAAGGCCAUUAUUGGACACAUUCACAGACUAUCCCGAAUAACGAUUCCUCAUCCACAUACCCUUAUCACUAGCCUCUCAUCAUCAUUCGCACCUCUCAUUCUUCCUCAAAAAUACUGCCCACCCUCAUCAGCAAGCCAGCCGCAAACACCUCUUAUCAAGCUCAGCGAUCUGCGACCUGUCCCAGGAUUCCGUCCGCAAGAAGCAGCUGAAGCUCCACCCCUGAGUCCACUACUACCCACGUUGUCUGCUGCGGAAUUGACAGAGGAUGACGAGAGGGAGAUCAUGCUGACAUGCUUGACGAACGAUGACUUUGAAAAAUGUAUCCAAGGCGAUUGGUGCUGUGCUCCAUUGACUCCGCAAGCGGCUGCGUUGGAGUUGAUGGCUAAUAACUUUGACGUUGUUUUCGGGUAGGGCGAUAUACCGUGCAGGGUUUGAUCAGAAGGUGUAUAUAGUUCGCGAGCGUAGUUAGCUAGCUGCCCAGACUAGUCUUAGCAUCAAUACCAGUGUGCCCUACAAAGCCUUCCCAGUCAUCGCGUCGGUGGAAGGCACCAUCUUCCCAUUUAUAUAACGAUAACUUGCACCAUCUCCUACGUUAUACUUGUAAUAAUUGUUCGUGCCAGCGACA